AUGGUGGCCAACACCAAGCGCUGCCCCAAGUGCCGGCGGCCGAUCGAGAAGAACCACGGCUGCAACCACAUGACGUGCGGCGCGCCCUGCCGCCACCAGUUCUGCUGGCUCUGCUUCGACCCCUGGGACAACCACCGAGGCUGCACGCGCUACGACUACCGCCAGCGGCAGCAGGUGGAGGCCGCCGCCGCGGACGAGGAGGAGGCGCGCCGGAGGCAGGCCAAGGCGUCGCUGGACAGGUACCUGUACCACUACGAGCGGUGGGCGGGCAACGGCAAGUCGCUGCAGAAGGCGCUCGCGGACGCGGACGAGCUGGAGAGGUCGGAGCUCGGGAGGAUGGCCAGGAUGGUGGACGUUCCGGCGAUGGAGCUCGGGUUCGUGACCGAGGCGUACCGGCAGAUCGCCGACGGCCGGCGCGUGCUGCGGUGGGCUCACGCCUACGCCUACUUUUUGUUCCUUGACCCGGAGCGCGACGCGGCCAAGCGCGACCUGUUCGACGACCUGCAGAGCCAGGCGAACCGGUGGCUCGAGUGCCUGCACAGCUGCGCCGAGCUGGAGAGGAAGGAGCUCUUCGGCGGUGGUGCCAAUGCCAUUUCAAAGACUGUUGCUACUUCGAAGCUACUAUAA